CGACUAAAAGCGAGUGCGGUGUUUAAUGAUGGGUUUGUCACCAACUUUACAUUUUCUUACCAACGAAGAAGAAGCCAAAAAAAGCAAACAAUAAAAUUGGAGAAGAAAGAUAUUUAAAAAAAAAAAAAAAAAGUCAGCAUCUUUGGAGUUGGAAGUGAGAGAGAUGGAGAGGAGAAAGGUUGUGAUGUGUGGUGUCUUAUUUCUUCUUGGUUUAUUAUCAGCUGUUACUGCCUUCGCCGCUGAAGCUACUCGAAUCAAGAGAUCUCAGGUCAAGGUUACUGUUUCGGAUUCAAUCAAAAAAUGCACUUAUCCAAGAAGUCCAGCUUUUGAUCUCGGCUUCACUUCAGCUCUCUUUCUGUUGAUGGCUCAGAUAAUAGUCAGCGUCUCAAGCGGUUGUUUUUGUUGUAGAAAAGGUCCUGCUCCUUCGAGGUCUAAUUGGAUUAUCUCCUUAAUCUGCUUUGUUGUUUCCUGGUUCACUUUUGUAAUAGCUUUCCUCGUGCUGCUUACUGGAGCUGCACUCAACGAUGAACACACCGAGGAAUCAAUGAAUGCUGGUACCUACUUUUGCUACAUUGUGAAACCAGGCGUUUUCUCUACCGGCGCUGUGCUUUCGCUUAUUACUAUUGCCCUUGGGAUUGUCUACUAUUUGUGUUUGACUUCAAGUAAGCAAAAUGUUGCUGCCACAACGACGGGCGCAAACCAAGGAACAGGAAUAGCAAUGGGGCAGCCUCAGAUUCCAGAGAGAGUAGAAGAUCCCGUCUUUGUUCAUGAGGAUACUUACAUGAGAAGACAGUUCACUUAAAAACAGACAAGGCUUGCUUGUAAAAACACUUUAGGUUUAGGAGAAGAUUUAGACAAAAGGAUUAAAGGAUUUGUGUUUGAUUAUCUUUGUGAUUCUUGUAUGUGAGAUCAAGACUUAAGAGUAUGAAACUUUGUAUGAUUUAUUGACUGAAGUGGAAAUCCUUGAGAACCACAAAAACGUCA